GGGAGCGGGGGAUCGGUACCGGGGGGGCUCAGCCAUGCUAAGCCGGUUGGGAGCCCUGCUACAGCAGGCGGUGGAGACGCGGGAACCCAGCGUGGAUCUGCUGGAAGCCUUCACCGAGCACUGGAAGGGCAUCACCGGCUACUACCUGGAAGCCACGGACGAGAGUGUCCCCGCCAGACAGACGGACAUUCCCUGGCGCCUCAAGCAGAUGCUGGACAUCCUGGUGUACGAGGAGAAGCAGCGCCCGGUGGGGGAAGCUGGACCCUGCCUGGAGUACCUGCUGCAGCACAAGGUUCUGGAGACCCUGGGCACCUUGGGCAAGGCAGAGUACCCCCCCGGGAUGAGGCAGCAGGUCCUCCUCUUCUUCAGCCGGGUGCUGGGGCAGAUGCAGCACCCUCUCCUGCACUACCUCAACGUCCACAGGCCGGUGCAGAAGCUGCUCCAACUCAGUGGUGACCGCUUGGGCUCCGGCACGGAGAAGGAGGAGGUGCAAUUCGCUGCUGUCCUCUGCACGAAGAUCAAGCAGGAUCCCACCCUCCUGGCCUACAUCCUGGAGGGAAAGAGCAUCCUGAACGGGAGGAGAGCCCAGGAGCUGCUGGCCAGCCCCAUAGAAGAGGGUACGGAGCAUCCCCCCCCGGGUACCACCACCCCCCCAGCUGAGCCAUCCCCUCCCCGGAGGGACAGCAACCUCGUCACCUCCUUGGUGGGGCUGUGCAAGAGCCAGAAGGGCAGGGUGGCACUGAAGGCUCGGGAGAACCUGCUGCAGCUGGUGGGGCUGGCCCAGGAAGGGGCUGCUGCCCGCCUGGUGGGGACAGGCACCCUGUGCCAGCUGCUGACGGAGCAUCUCUGUGACCUCUACAGCGCCGUGCCCCCCGGCACCGACCCCGCCGACGUCCUUUCCUUGGAGAGAGCCAGCUGGAGGUCGCAGGGGGAUGCUGCUGGUGAUGGGGUCUUCCCCGGGAAGGAGAACCUGGCUGCCUUCUUCUCCUGGCUGGACUACCUCGAUGAGCUGGUGAUGGGUGCCCACCCGGUCGUGGCAGAUGCCAUCACCAAAGCCGUGGAGGAGAAGUUCUUCCAGGGCAUCCUGCAUCCACAACUCCUGGAGAUGUCGGAGCUCGCCGUCCUCAGCGCCACGGCCACGCUGACGGGCACCCUGCGGCAAAUCCGUGCCCCCCCCUUGCUCCACCGCCUCGUCCUAUUCCUACUGGGGCCCCACCGACACCCCGAGACCCCGGGGGACACCCCCCACCCUCUGCGUGCCCACCUCAUCGACCGCUGUGACCAUCUCUCUGACGAGAUCAGCCUGGCCAGCCUGCGGCUCUUCGAGGAGCUCCUGAGGAAGCCCCACGAGCACGUGGUGCACAGCUUGGUGCUGAGGAACCUGGAGAUGAGGGGCUACCUACAGCGUGGUCCCCCACCACCCGACGAGCGCGGACCCCCCGAGAUGGACCCUGAUGAGGACGGGCUGGACCUGGAGGAGGAGGAUCCUUAUUUCACCGAUGGAUUCCCCGAUGCUGGAUUUAGGAUGAUGAAGAAGCAUCUCCCGGGACCAUCCCCGUCAGAGAAGAGGCAAGUGAGCGAGGUGGUUUCCAGCUUCCUCUGCCUGGUCCCCGAGGAGGCCAAGACUUCCUCGUGCAUGGAGGAAGGUGGCUACGACACCUACGUGCACGAUGCCCUGGGCAUGGUCCAGACGUGCCGUGCCAGCGCAGCCCCCUGGGGGUGGCCCGUGACCCCCCGGCCCCUUGACGCCUGUCACCCCGAAGUGACAUUUUACGAGGGCCAUUUCCUCAAGGUGCUGUUUGACCGGAUGACACGGAUCCUGGACCAGCCCUACAGCCUGAACCUGCAGGUGACAUCCGUGCUGUCCCUCCUGGCCGCCUUCCCCCAUCCCCACCUCCACGAGUACCUGCUGGACCCCUACCUCCCCCUGGCACCCGGUUGCCGCUCGCUCUUCUCCGUCCUCGUCAGGGUGAUGGGGGACCUGAUGCAGCGGCUCCAGAGGGUGCCCCAUUUCAGGGCCAAGUUGCUCCUGGUGCGACAGCAGCUCCUGGGGAUGGUGCCUGGAGAGCAGAUGGACCACAGCGUGCUCUUCAAGGGGGUGGUGGUGCUGGAGGAGUUCUGCAAGGAGCUGGCUGCCAUCGCCCUGGUCAAGGGACCACCGGAGGGACCCCCCUGAGAUGGAGUGUGUGUCCCCCCGCCUCGCCUCCCCACCGAGCACCCCCCCUCUUCAUCCAGGGGGGGUGGCCUGAGCCAUCUCUGGAUGGACCAGCACGUCCCUGAGAGCUGGACACGGUGGUGGCACCCCCAGGAAGGACAUGGGUGAGGAGGAUGAGGAGGCACAGAGACCUUCACCACCCUGGAGGUGAUGCUGCCUCCCCCUCCCCGACCCCCCCCGCCCCGGUGCAGGAUGCGGCCCCUCGGGGUGCAAAGAG